AUGACGGCCUUGUCACUUGUGCUGCCCAGCCUCGAUCAGGCCGUGGUGGGGUUCGAGUCUAUGGACUCGUGCAGUGUGGAUGACGUGGAGGUGGCCGUGGAAAACGCCCACAACUGCCGGAUGUUUCUCUUGGCCAUGGAGUUCCUGCUACAGAAGCAAUGGGAGCACUACCGCCCCCAUGACGGUGGCUUCUCUGACGCACCACAACAGAUGCAGGAAGGGGAGCUCUGUCAGUACUUCCCGGUUCAUCAAGUGCCUGUGCGUGGAAGUGCCUGCUGUGCUGAAAAGCAGCAUCGGACUUUGUUUGGGGGCGGUGCGGCGGGCCUGUUACGUGACUUUAUUUACCGUCUUAUUUGUCACGCGCGCUGCAGCAUCGAGUGCUAUCCGAUUACACUCGCACUCGUGGACCGCUUUUUUGUGUCCCUGGGGAAGGAUUCCGUCGCGGCGGAGUACGAGGCGGCGGCGGAUCACUUGCCGUACGUGUUUGCCGUGUUGUUGUUAAUCACAGCGAAGUACCGCGACGACAGGUUCCGGAGCAACCGUUACUUUAGCCAGCUGGCGGAGAUUUCCCUGGUAGAGUGGAAUGCGCUGGAGCGACUCGUAAUUCGUGUUUUAAAAUUCUGCGUGAACGUGCCGGUGCUUGAGUACUUUGCGUACGAGAAGCUGCUGCUCGCAGAAAUGACGCGACAGGAAGGCAGAGCGAACGCCCUCGCCUCACUUGGCCAGAGCCCUCCCCCGGAGAAGGUGACCAGUUCGCUGCGACUCGGCAAUGAUGCUCCCACCCCGGGCGUCGAUUGGGCGGAGACGGCGAGCAAAGAUAACACCAGUUUUCAUUCCUGCGGUAUCACCGCCUCGCCGCCAUCGUUGCAUUCUCAAUGCCCUCCUGUCUCCGCCGAGAGCUCACCGGCGUGUUGGCGGCGGAGCUCGUAG